UAAAAAUGGGAAAUACAAUAUGAUGUCCAACCUCUAGGCUUCCUAAGCUUCAUGUUGGUCUUAAAGAUCCAAAAAACUCAAAGUCACAAGGUUUAGCAGAAAAUCUGGAUAAUGCUACAUCUCAUACUUCAGUUUGAGACUCUAAUUUAAUAGAACUCAGUGUAAGUAAUUGGAACCUGACCAGGUCGACUGAGAAUAAAUAUCUCUAGUGGAAUUAUAUAGAAGCUCUGAGAGUUUGAUAUCGUAACCGAUGUGGCAAUAUUAAUAGCUAGCUCUAAGUACCACCCUGAUUAUAUUCUUUAAUCCCAAACCAGAUCACUCCAUUACUAUGAUUUUUGAUGCUAAUAUAGAAUGCACCGUUAAGAAGAGGUGUUUGCCCCAUUGCUAUUGAGGACGACUGUAAGUAUCCUGUACAGGAUUUUGAGGGUAAAAAUAAGCUAAAUGAGCGAACGCAGGGCUUAAGGCUACCUUUUGAUAAUUUAUAGCAAAAAAUGAAGCUAAAGAAUCGAAUCCAAAAGGGAUAAAUAUGAAGUUUUAUCAUCCAGAUUGAAUGUAAGCUUGUUUCGAAGGAAGCUAGCUAGGCGAGCUAGGAGUUAGAGAUUUUAAGAAGAAUAAAUAGGCCUUAGAGUUAUGAAAGGGACUGUGAUGGAUGUAUAGGACAAUGAGAGAUGAGAACCUUUAUUUGGUAGAGAGAUUGAAACAGAAGAAGAAAAAUAAUGCUAUUUCGAUGUUUGAAUAAUUAUUUG